AUGUCUGGCGCAAGGCAUUGGGAGCAAGACAAGGAGGCUACAGUUUACAUCGGCAACCUCGAUGAGAGGGCAUCGGAUAGUUUAGUUUGGGAGCUGAUGCUCCAGGCUGGGCGCAUCGUCAACGUUCAUCUUCCUAAAGACCGAGUCACGCAACUGCACCAAGGAUAUGGCUUUGUUGAAUUUAUCAGUGAGGAGGAUGCGGAAUAUGCUUCAAGGAUCAUGAACGGCAUUCGUCUUUUCGGAAAGCCUAUUCGUGUGAACAAGGCAUCGGCGGACAAACAAAAAUCAGUGGAAAUCGGCGCAGAGCUCUUUGUCGGAAACCUUGACCCUAUGGUCUCUGAACAGGUUAUCUACGACACCUUUAGUCGCUUUGGCAACUUGAUCAAUUUUCCAAAGAUUGCCCGUGACGAUAACAACCUGUCGAAGGGCUACGGAUUCGUAUCUUUCGCCGACUUUGAGUCCUCCGAUGCGGCAAUUACGAAUAUGAAUGGACAAUACCUGAUGAACAAACAAGUCUCAGUGCAGUAUGCCUAUAAGAAAGAUGGAAAAGGAGAGCGCCAUGGCGAUGAGGCAGAGAGAACGUUGGCUGCACAGGCUCGGAAGCAUAAUGUUCGACCGCCAACCCAGCAGAUCCCAGCACCUUCAUUCUCGGGAGCCGCUACGAACUCUGUCGUUACUCCCACUGCGAUACCAAAUGGUGACACCUCACGGCCGGUGAGUACUGGCCCUCAACCAUCUGAUCUAGGGAUGGGCCGGGGUAUGCCCAUGGGAAUGGGCUAUUCGAAUGUGUCACUUCCUCCAAAUCGACCGGCUCCUCCCCCUUCACCACUCGUCACCCCGCCGCCAGGGCUCCCAGCCCGGCCCCCUCCGUCACAGGCGGGCUAUGGUGGACCCCAAACCUUCCUGCCACCGGGAUUCAAUGGCGCCGGCCAACAAUCUGCAUUUCAUGCGCAAGCUGGCGCUCCCCCAGCAUUUGGGUCCCCUGGGUUUGCAUCUCAGUCUGGUGCACCCGGUGCCCCUGGUGCUCCACCCCCGCUACCGCCGGGGUUUCAGCAGCCGGGAUAUGGAAAUGGCCGAUGA